UAUCCCUCCAGAUGUUGAUGAAUAACACCUCCCAUAAGCCCCUUAGACAACAUAACAAAUAAGUGGGGGUGCUGGGAGUUGUAGUCCAACAACGCUAGGUGGGGUUGUAGGAUUCCCACCCCUACCUUAGGGCUAAAUCUUAGGGGUAAUCCCACUAGAGUUUGUUGUUUUUAUUCCUCAUGGGGUCGUGGUGGAAUCUGAUGGAGAAGGAAGGCGUUCAACAGAAAAGCCUUUUGUUCUGUGCUGUCAGGUUGGCAUGUCAUCUCAUGACAGCCUCAAUAUAGUUAUUUUGUCUUCGAGGGAAAGUUCAGGCUUGACUUGCUCUCAGACCCAUUAGGUUGUCUUUCUGGGUCCGUGGAAGAUGGCAUAAAUAAACAUUUGCACAUGUGAAGCAACUUCCUUUGUAACUUCUACAGGUGUUCAGAGGUCCAGAAUUGGCCUGGCUGGUCUUCAAACAGGGAGAGAAGAGAGUCUUCACUGAAUUUCUUUUCAAUGAAAGAAACUGCAGGAAAGAAGCCAUUGGAACAGAUGACUUUUCGAGAUGUGGCUGUGUUUUUCACAAAGGAGGAAUGGAGCUUAUUGGAUCAGAACCAAAGGUCUUUGUAUGAAAAGGUCAUGAUGGAAAACUAUGAGACUGUGUCCACCCUGGGAGACUUUUUGAAUCAUCAGAGAGUCCAUAUAGGAAAAAAACCAUACAAAUGCCAGCAGUGUGGAAAAUGUUUUAAUCAGAAGCCAAACCUUGUGACUCAUCAGAGAGUCCACACAGGACACAAACCAUACAAAUGCCAGCAGUGUGGAAAAUGUUUUGCUCACAAGUCAGUUCUUGUGAUACAUGAAAGAGUCCACACAGGAGAGAAGCCAUACAAAUGUCAGCAGUGUGGAAAAUGUUUUGCCCAACAGUCACCCCUUGUGGCUCAUCAGAGAGUCCACACAGGAAAAAAACCAUACAAAUGCCAGCAGUGUGGAAAAUAUUUUGCUGUCAAGUCUGUCCUUGUGACUCACCAGAAAGUCCACACAGGAGAGAAACCAUACAAAUGCCAGCAGUGUGGAAAAUGCUUUACUCAGAAGUCAUCCCUUUUGAGUCAUGAUAGAAUGCAUACAGGAGAAAAACCAUACAAAUGCCAGCAGUGUGGAAAAUGGUUUGCUAAAAAAUCACACCUUGACAGACACCAGAUGGUCCACACAGGAGAAAAGCCAUACACAUGCCAACAGUGUGGGAAACGUUUUGCUGACAAGUUUUCCCUU